CGGGGCGAAAGGGAGGAGCUGCCUGGCGCGUGCGCAGUAGGUGAGGCUGGGGAAAUUCAUGUGGAGGUCAGAGUGAAAGCAGGUGUGAGUGGAUGCAACGGACAGGAUCAUGGCUGCCAAAGUGUUUGAGUCCAUCGGAAAGUUCGGCCUGGCUUUAGCAGUCGCAGGAGGCGUGGUGAACUCUGCCUUAUAUAAUGUGGAUGCUGGGCACAGAGCUGUCAUCUUUGACCGAUUCCGUGGAGUGCAGGACAUUGUGGUGGGGGAAGGGACUCACUUUCUCAUCCCUUGGGUACAGAAACCAAUUAUCUUCGACUGCCGCUCUCGACCACGGAAUGUGCCGGUCAUCACUGGGAGCAAAGACUUGCAGAACGUCAACAUCACCCUGCGCAUCCUCUUCCGGCCGGUGGCCAGCCAGCUUCCUCGCAUCUACACCAGCAUCGGCGAGGACUACGACGAGCGGGUGCUGCCGUCUAUCACCACGGAGAUCCUCAAGUCGGUGGUGGCUCGCUUCGAUGCUGGGGAACUGAUUACCCAGCGAGAGCUGGUCUCCAGGCAGGUGAGCGAUGACCUCACAGAGAGAGCAGCCACAUUUGGGCUCAUCCUGGAUGACGUGUCCCUGACACAUCUGACCUUCGGGAAGGAGUUCACAGAAGCAGUGGAAGCCAAACAGGUGGCUCAGCAGGAAGCGGAGAGGGCCAGAUUUGUGGUGGAAAAGGCUGAGCAGCAGAAGAAGGCAGCCAUCAUCUCUGCUGAGGGUGACUCCAAGGCAGCUGAGCUGAUCGCCAACUCACUGGCCACAGCAGGUGAUGGCCUGAUUGAGCUGCGCAAGCUGGAAGCUGCUGAGGACAUCGCCUACCAGCUCUCCCGCUCUCGCAACAUCACCUACCUGCCAGCGGGCCAGUCCGUGCUCCUCCAGCUUCCACAGUGAGGCCUCCUCCUCCACGACCAGACCAACCAGGCCACGGCCUCCAUCGUUCUGCCCCACCCCAGAAAUCACUGUGAAAUUUCAUGAUUGGCUUAAAGUGAAGGAAAUAAAAGUAAAAUCACUUCAGA